GGGAGGGAACUUGCGGACACUAAAUACCAACUGCGUUUGUUUUGCCGCCACCUCCAACUUAAUGGGAUGUCACGAACUACGGGUCAUUAAGAGUGACCCUUUUAACACUCAAAAAGCACUAGCAACCAUAGUGUCACGUGGUAGUUUCAAGGAACGUUGACAUUUGAAAUAAGCGAAUAACGGAACGUUGCCUCUCCCUCACCAGUGGCCAGUGGAAAGAAGCAAAGAUGGGUGUCGGCGCGCUUUUCGCUAGGCGCCAAGCUGUCAGGCGUAUUCGAUAGCGAGAUUCUAACCUUUCCAGCCUUUUUUUCUUCGCAUUUCUUACCCUUUUUUUUCUUUUCUUUUCAGGGGGCGCGCAUAACGGCGGUAAGCUUUGUUGUAACGGGACCAAGAGAGACAAGUCAACUUGACUGUGGUUCGAAGGCGUCCGGAAAGCAUCGAGAGGCCACCCUGCUGGCAUCAUCUUGUGAUACGAGGACGCCAUUGGGACUUCUAUGCGCACAGAUUUUUUUGUGAAUUAGAGCAAAUGGUGUUGCGCUUGUGUUUGCUUGUCCUUAUUGCCUUGUUUGUAGUGGAUGGUUUGCUGCAGUUUCUCUAAUUAUGCACUUAUGCUCUAACUUCCAGUUGCCCCCAAAAUUGUGGAACAUACAAGAAAGUGAAGAAAUCCAAGCCCUGAAGCUCCUCGGAGAUACUUUUCCGCAGACCUCGACUGCUCCGAGUUGGAGCAAGUGACGUGCAAUUUGAGCUGUACCAGAGGCUCUUGUAGUUGUGCGCUGCCCUUGUGUUAUGAAAGUGUAUCGUUAUCUAUUGCUUUCACAGCUCUCUUGAUUGUGAACCUCUGCUUAUUUUGCUUCUCCUUUCCUGUUCACUUUCUGUGGGCCAUAUGGACCUUCCUAUAGUCUGCGACAGGUUAAGAAUUCAGGGGAAGCUUCUCCCACCUCUUUACUUUUCAGCAGAGCGAACACUGGUAAUGUUGCCUCCUCUCUAGCAUUUGCUCUGCUAAAGUGGCAAGAGGUGAAAGUAGCUUCCUCUGAACUCUUGUCCUGUCACUGACCAUAGACCGUUUGCUGAAGAACGUUUGAAUGUCCGAGGCAUCCUACCUAAAGAGCAUCACUGUGUGUGGAUAUUCAGUGCUCCCAUGUUGAGGCAAAGACAAGGGCGUCUGCUUCAGUUCCUUCUUUUUUAUGGCGACUUGUUUCGUGCUCCGUCGAUACAAUGGUCUAAGGAGCACCACGUCUGGCCGAUUGCUUGCAGGGGACAUGGACUUCUUCAGCUGUGGUCUGUGCAGCUACAGCACCACCUUCCAGAAGUACUUCCAGCAGCACCUGAUGAAGCACGCAGAUCACCGUCCUCACACGUGCACCGUCUGCGGCGAUAACUUCAAGAUGAAGUGCCACCUGGUCCUUCACAUGCAACGCCACACAACCAAGUCGACCGAGUCGGUGGCGAGCAAGAAGCCGCUGGCAAGAAAGAAACUGAAGGCAGCCAAGAGGAUGCUUUGCAAGCGGUCCGCCUCGCUGCCUCAGCUGCCGGAAGAGUUUGCUCCGAAGCCACGGCAGCAGCUCGAGUGCCGCGAGUGCAGCUUCAAGACUUGCGUCUACAGAACCCUAAUGGUGCACCAGGAAACGCACAAGUGUGACCGCAGGCUCAAGUGCAGGUUUUGCGACUACAUCACGGUCCACAGGAGCAGCCUGCUGUCGCACGAGGCCCGCCACGCGUUGCAGAUGUCGCCCAGCAUUGCGGCCGGAGCCGUUGCAACGCUCAAGGCGAAGAAGAAGAAGAAGAAGCAGGUCUACAAGUGCCACACCUGCGGCUACACAACCAAGUACAUGGGCAGGCUGACAACCCACCAGAAGAGCCACAUCGUGGCCGCGGAGCCGUCCCUGAAUGGAACCGCGGAGCCGAGCACCGAGGAGGACCAACUGCCUCACAAGUGCGACGUGUGCGGCGAUAGCUUUAAGAUGAAGAGCAGCCUAACCAACCACACGAAUGCUCACAAGGGCACACGCAAGUUCAGGUGCACGUCCUGCCCCAAGCUGUUCAAGACCAAGACUGGCAUGCAGACUCACACCAAGGAGCACGCAAAGGCGCUUGCACCGGCUCAGAGGGAGGACGGUGCCAGUGGCACGCGGGGUCCGAUGUCGCCUGGCGCGGUCUACAACGGCGACGACUCGAAAGUGCGCCGCGGCGCGCAGGUCGUGGAACGAAUCUACUGCUGCCUCGUCUGCCCGGCCGAGCUGAGCUCUCGGCAGAGUCUGGAGAACCACAUGGUUUCGGACCACGACCAGCUGCGCCCCGCUUCGAGGUCAAGUUCUCUAUAUGCAUGAGUUUGGGAAUUUGCGACCGUCCGUUCAAAGUCUCGUCCGGUGGCCCGUUUGCUUGGUGUUUUUUUUCCGUGAGGCUGACAUUUAAUCCGUUUUCUUCUCGUGCGCGGCUCGUUCGGUGGAACGAUAAGGUCAAAUAGCGCGAUUCCGACGCAGUGCCUGAAGACACCAUAUAACCUCUACCUUGUUGCUGUUUAUGUGUUUUCGGUUUUGUUUGUCCGCCUUGAACAGCAUAUGAGUGCAAUUGGAUCUAAUUAGUAUCGACCAGCGUUUGGUGGCUUGUUUGUUUGGCCUUUAGUUUUUGCAAGGCUGACGUUUGUGCCGUUUCAUAGUCAUGCGCAGCUCGUCCAGUGGAACGACAAAGUAGCGAUUCCGACAGUUCAUGAAUACACCACGUAACUUCUACCUUUUUGCUAUUCAUGUUCCUUAUGUUAUGUCUGUCCACCUUGGACAACAAAUGAGUGCAAUCAGAUCUACUUAGUGUUGGCCAGUAUCGGAGUUGUUUACUUGUUGACUAGUUCUACUUAAGCUUUCAAAUAAAGGACCCUCUUUUGAUCACCCA